AUGGAGGCGUCACCCAGCAGCCCGAACAACUAUCUCCCGCUAUUCAAUCGGCAUGAGCAGCGGAUAGACCGAAGAAGGGCCCAGGUUAUUAUGAGGCGCAAAAAUAUUAUAUAUUCGGGAACAAAACUUCUGACAAUUCCUUUUUAUGCAUAUAUAUAUAUAUAUAUAUAUUUAUAUAUAUAUCUAUCUAUCUAUCUAUCUAUCUAUCUAUCUAUCUAUCCCGACAGAUACUAUCUGUGUAUAGCCACCUUCUAUCUAUCUAUCUAUCUAUCUAUCUAUCUAUCUAUCUAUCUAUCUAUCAAUCUAUAUUAUUCGUGUCUUUACGCAUAUAUGCUGGAAUCUUUAUCCAACCAUGCCUUUGAAAUAUCUGAUCUUGACCUUUAUCUAUCUAUCUAUCUAUCUAUCUAUCUAUCGUAUCUAUCUCAUCUAUCUAUGUCAUCCAUUCGUAUCUUUAUAUCUAUCGCUAUCUAUCGUAUUUCGUUAACAUUAAUCAUUUAUCUUCAUCUAUUAAUCUACUAUCAUCUAUCUAUUCAUUGUGUCUUUACGUAUAUAUGCGUGUCUCUAUCCAACCAUGUUCCUUAUUUAUCUGAAACACACGCUUUAGAUUAUCUAUUCAUCUCAUCUAUCUAUCUAUCUUAUCUAUCUAUUGAUCUAUCUAUCAAUCCAUUCGUGAUUCUUUACUAUCAAAUUGUCGUAUUUUGUAUCAUUUCGCAUCUUACCUUUAUCUAUCUAUCUAUCUAUCUAUCUAUCCCUAUUUUGCUUAUCUUAUCUAUCUAUCUAUCAUCAGGAUUACUAUCUAUCUAUCUAUCAUUUAUUUUUUGUUCAUUUCAUUUCUAUCUAUUUAUGCAUGCCUGUAUCCAUCAUGUCUUUAUCUAUCUAAACAUCUAUCUAUCAUCUAUCUAUCUUUAUCUAUCUAUCUUUCCGAAUCAUCUGUCUAUCUAUCUAUCAUCUUCUAUCUAUCUAUUCGUGUCUUUACAUGACCUUUAUCUAUCAUCCUAUCUAUCUAUCUAUCUAUCUAUCUUAUCUAUCUAUUCAAUCUUUACAUUAUAUGUUUCUAUCCAAAACCUUUAA